AUGUUCCAGAUACCGCAGAAGCAGCCCAAUCUCCUCCACAUCAGCGCUUCCGCGCACCCCAACCUGGACCCGGAGGAGCAACAGCAAGCCGCCAAGCGCUUUGUCGAAGUCUACAGCGCCGGCGGAAAGACUAUAUGUCUCUACGCACAAGACGUUGGAUUCGACUGGUGGUAUAAGUUCGUCUUCAACGCUUCGUUCAAUCCCAUCUGUGCUCUGACGGGGCUGAACGCCAGCGAGCUACUGCUGACGGCCGCCGCAGCUGCGGGUCAUGAUAUCUCGCCCGACGUCAUUGAAGAGAACAUCCAGCUGAACCCCACCGUUGAGAAUAUCAAGCCCACAUUUGAGACGAUUAUCUACUUUGGCAACAGGACCUUUGGGAGCUUAAUAUGCCGAAGCCGUGCCCACAUUGAAGUUGCCCUCCUCGAGUAG